CUGCAGGGAGCAGUCACGUGUGGGCCCUUCAUUAGACCCUGCCAUAUAAACCGAGGGCAUGGGGUGGCCAGGAACUCUUGGGGCAAGGAUCCAGCAAGCAGAGGUAAGUCCUCAGGUUGGGCAGAGACUCCUACUCUCUAGGGGUCUUCUAUCUGGGAUAGGGCACCUAGAGGGUGUUCUAAGGAUGAAGAGGGACUAAGUGGUGGGUCUUCCUGCUGAGCCAGGCCAUGCUGACUGCAGUGCUGCUGAGUUGUGCCCUGCUGCUGGCAAUGCCUGCCAUGCAGGGGGCCCAGAUGGGCUUGGCUCCCCUGGAGGGCAUCGGAAGGCCCGACCAAGCCUUGUUCCCAGAGCUCCAAGGCCUGGGCCUGCAGCCCCCGCUGAAGAGGACAACGGCAGAACAGGUGGAAGAGGCUCUGCUGCAGGAGGCAGAGGCCAAGGCCUUGGCAGAGGUGCUAGAUCCGGAAGGACGCAAGCCGCGCUCCCCGCGUCGCUGCGUAAGGCUGCACGAGUCCUGUCUGGGACACCAGGUACCAUGCUGCGACCCAUGUGCCACGUGCUACUGCCGUUUCUUCAACGCCUUCUGCUACUGCCGCAAGCUGGGUACUGCCACGAACCCCUGCAGCCGCACCUAG